GCAGUCUACGGUCAUUCUUCAAUUGUCUCUGCGUCACACAAAUAUGCUCUCGCCUUCAUCGCCAACGUGCCUCGAGCUCUCGAUCGCCCCCUUCCUCCACACGACGUUUGCACUCUUUUGCCAAGCGCCGGUGACGAUUGCCCAUUGGACGCACGAGGGGACCGCGGUGGUGAUCCACGACCUCCACCGCUUCGCCCACGAGGUGCUGCCGCAGUACUUUGGCCACUGCAACCUCGUGCUCUUCGUGCGCCAGCUCCACACAUUUGGCUUCCGCAACUUCAAGAGCGCGUCGGGCGACUGGGAGUUUUGCCACACGCACUUUGUGCUCGAGCAGCCCGAACGCCUCCGCUACGUUCAGCGAGCCGACGACGACGACCAUAGCCCGACGUCGCUCCAGAUCGAGAUGAAUGAGAUCGGGGACCAGGUCUCGCACCUCACCGCGCUCGUCUCGCACCUGACCCAAGAACGGCGGUGCUGCCUCUCGGCCCAAGCGAGUGCCGACGACGCCGACCUCCUCGACGAAGUGUUUGAGAUCCUCGAGCUGCCGCAGCAGCCCCUCACCGUGGUGCCGAGCGGCGGCUGGGAUUACUAACCAAACAUCUAUAAUACACUAACUUAUCUCUCUG